CAGACUCUACUCGGUCUAUUGAGACGCUGACAUUUUGUAACCAUAUAUUCGUCUAUUGUGCAGUCUUUGUUAAAGGAAGAUACGUGUGACUAUUUAUUUCAAAUAAACUGCCAACAGGAUGUUUGGUUGUGAGGAACGACGUUCCAAAAACAAACUUGUGCAGAGGGCGAGAGACAGAAUCAAGAAAGAUGGCGAGAUGACGAACCGCAUUGCAGAGCUGGACAGUAUCUGUGGUGUGAUGCAAAAGGCUAAGUUUGAGGGCUCCACCCAGGCUGGUUCCAUGAAGACCCUGAAGCUGAGAGAGCUGACCCAGCAGAGAGAGGCUGAGCUGAGAAAGACUGCUCUGACAAUGGUCCGUAGAGCAGCACUGCAGGCCCUCCUGGAGCAUGAGAGACAGCAGUACGUCAUAGAGCUCAACAGACUGGGCAAGACCAUCUACAAACAGAGAGUCUAGACUCUAGUCUCUACUACACCAUAACAACACCAAAGACCAUCUACAAACAGAGAGUCUAGACUCUAGUCUCUACUACACCAUAACAACACCAAAGACCAUCUACAAACAGAGAGUCUAGACUCUAGUCUCUACUACACCAUAACAACACCAAAGACCAUCUACAAACAGAGAGUCUAGACUCUAGUCUCUACUACACCAUAACAACACCAAAGACCAUCUACAAACAGAGAGUCUAGACUCUAGUCUCUACUAGACCAUAACAACACCAAAGACCAUCUACAAACAGAGAGUCUAGACUCUAGUCUCUACUAGACCCAUAACAACACCAAAGACCAUCUACAAACAGAGAGUCUAGACUCUAGUCUCUACUAGACCCAUAACAACACCAAAGACCAUCUACAAACAGAGAGUCUAGACUCUAGUCUCUACUACACCAU